AUGUACAUUGUCAAACGAGGUCGUAUAUUUCAGAUCUUCUACUAUCGUGAAGACGUGCAACGGAUUGCUGAGAGAGAACAGAUCGCCCUCUACGUGAAUCUGGACGAUGUUGCUCGCUAUGAUGAAGCCCUAGCAACGUUAAUUGAAGGAAACGCGAAGAGGUGCAUGGAGAAUUCCUUUAGAUUCCAUCACAUUUUCAAUGAAGUCGUAGAUGAAAUGAUUCGCGAAGUACUGGGAGAUCGUCAGCCUCCUAUUCGUGAUGCGUUAGAUGCAUUCAUAUUCCAAAGAGUGCGUAUGGACGACCAAUCAAGGAUAUCCGAAGGUUAUCUCAGUGGUACCGCUGAAGAAGUUAGAAAGAAAUACCCUCCGCAGCUACUCAGACGUUUUGAAGUGAUCUUCAAAUGCCGAGAGACCAUGAAGCCCCUUGCUGUCCGUGAUAUCAAAGCAAACUGCGUCGGCAAGCUCGUUACCGUUAGUGGGAUCGUGAUUCGAGCCACGGAGGUGAAACCGCUUCUUGAAGUGAUGACCUAUGCUUGCGACACAUGUAGUGCGGAAGUUUACCAGCCAGUAACAGGACCAUCAUUUAUGCCAGCUACGAACUGUCCAAGUAAAGACUGUGUCGAGUCGAGGGCAAACGGCCGUUUGCACAUGCAAGUUCGGGGUUCGAAGUUCGCAAAGUUCCAAGAGAUCAAGAUUCAAGAAUUAGUGGGAUUUUCUCGACUUAAGUAUGUUGUUCGUACUGAAAUACAUCAACUUCAGAGUGACCAAGUGCCUGUUGGAUCGAUUCCACGUACUCUUACGGUUAAUGUCUACGGAGAAUCAACUCGACAGUGCGGGCCUGGUGAUCUAGUUCAAAUUUCUGGUAUACUGAUACCGUUUAUGAAGACCGGAUUCCGCCAAGGUGGACUAGUGGCUGAGACAUUUUUGGAGGCACAUUCCGUUGAGAACAUACGGUGCAGUGUGGAUGAUAAAUAUGCUGAAGAAGAACUCACAGAAGAAGAGGUCGAACUUCUUGCUCAAGAUAACCUUUACGACAUGUUGGCUUACUCUAUUGCUCCAGAAAUUUACGGUCUCACCGAUGUUAAGAAAAGUUUGUUACUUGCUCUAGUUGGAGGAGUCGAUAGAAAUGCCAGUGGAAUGAAGAUUAGAGGGUGCCUCAACGUCCUACUUAUGGGUGAUCCUGGGGUUGCGAAAUCUCAGCUGUUGUCAUACGUAAACAGACUUGCACCUCGUUCGCAGUGUACUACUGGACGAGGAUCAUCAGGAGUUGGUCUGACAGCUGCUGUUGUAAAAGAUCCUGUGACUGGUGAAAUGAUUCUCGAAGGAGGAGCAUUGGUACUUGCGGAUCGCGGGAUUUGUUGUAUUGAUGAGUUCGACAAGAUGAUGGACAGCGAUCGGACAUCAAUCCAUGAGGUAAUGGAACAGCAGACGAUCUCUAUCGCGAAGGCAGGAAUCAUGACGACAUUGAAUGCUCGUGUUGCAAUUAUAGCUGCUGCUAAUCCUGCGUUUGGAAGAUAUAAUCCGAAACGAUCUAUUGAACAGAACAUUGAUCUUCCUGCGGCAUUGCUUUCUAGAUUUGAUUUGCUGUGGUUGAUACAAGAUAAGCCGAAUCGUGAUGGUGAUAGACGUCUUGCAUCUCACAUCACCUAUGUCCACAUGAAUUCUAAGCAGCCAGAGAUUGAAGGAAUGAAGCCGAUAGACAUGCGUCUAAUCAGGCAAGAUUUAAGUAAUCGUUGUGGACGUACUUGUCGAGUGCACUUUACAGACGGUUUAUUGAAGUGGCUCAACGGAAGCAACCGGUUGUUGGAGACGCUCUUCGGGAAAGGUCCGCUCGUUGAGAUGUAUGUCGAUCUGCGCCGUAAUGCACGAGAAAGCGACGACUCAACAUUCACGUCACCUCGUCUUCUGUUAUCUGUGAUUAGGAUGUCAACCGCGCUAGCGCGUCUUCGUCUCUCAAAUGUUGUGUCACCGGACGAUAUUGAGGAGGCAAUUCGACUGAUGCAAGCUAGCAAAGACUCAUUGCGCCCUGAGAUGCACCAAAAAGAGAUUCGUCACUCGCCGGUCGAUCAAGCGUUUGCGGUCCUUCGAGAACUUAACUUAUCAUCAGGGGAGGAAGCUAUUCCGUUCAAAACCGCAUUGGAAUCAUGUACUCGCAGAGGUAUAACCGAAGAAGCCCUUCGAAAUGCGAUUUUAGUUCAUGAAGCUAAUGGGGUUAUUAUGAUAGAUCCCCAACAGCGAAUCCGCUUCGUAAUGAAUUAA